UCGCGCCACGCCACCGCUAGAGCCCGGGUGAAGAUGGCGGCAGCUGUUCUUAGCGGGCCGUCUGCGGGCUCCGCGGCUGGGGUUCCCGGCGGGACCGGGGGUCUCUCGGCGGUGAACUCGGGCCCGCGUCUCCGCCUGCUUCUGCUGGAGAGCGUGUCGGGGUUGCUACAGCCGCGAGCUGGGUCCACCGUUUCUCCUGUGCACCCCCCAGUCCGCUCGGUCCCACAUUUGCCGGGGCUCAUGUGCCUAUUGCGGCUACAUGGGACGGUGGGCGGGGCCCAGAACCUUUCAGCUGUUGGCGCAUUGGUGGGUCUCAGUAAUGCACGUCUUGGUUCUAUCAAAACUCGGUUUGAGGGCCUGUGUCUGCUGUCCCUGCUGGUGGGGGAGAGCCCCACAGAGAUGUUCCAGCAGCACUGUGUGUCCUGGCUUCGGAGCAUUCAGCAGGUCUUGCAGUCCCAGGACCCGCCCCCCACAAUGGAGCUGGCCGUGGCUGUGCUGGGGGACCUGCUCCGCUACGCGGCCCAGCUCCCCACACUCUUCCGGGACAUCUCCAUGAACCACCUCCCUGGCCUUCUCACCUCCCUGCUGGGCCUCAGACCGGAGAGUGAGCUCUCAGCACUGGAAGGAAUGAAGGCUUGUAUGACCUAUUUCCCUCGGGCGUGUGGGUCUCUCAAAGGCAAGCUGGCCUCAUUUUUCCUGUCUCGGGUGGAUGCCUUGAGCCCUCAGCUCCAGCAGUUGGCCUGUGAGUGUUACUCCCGGCUGCCCUCUCUAGGGGCUGGCUUCUCCCAGGGCCUGAAGCACACGGACAGCUGGGAGCAGGAGCUGCACAGCCUGCUGGCCUCUCUGCACAGCCUGCUUGGGGCCCUGUAUGCGGGGGCGGACACGGCUCCUGUGCAGUACGAAGGCCCUGGGGUGGAGACGCUGCUCUCCCCCUCAGAAGAUGGCGACGCCCAUGUCCUUCUCCGGCUUUGGCAGAGGUUUUCCGGGCUGGCCCGCUGCCUGGGGCUCAUGCUCAGCUCUGAGUUCGGGGCUCCCGUGUCCGUCCCCGUGCAGGAAAUCCUGGAUCUUAUCUGCCGGACCCUCAGCGUCAGUGCCAAGAACAUCAGUUUGCUUGGAGAUGGUCCCCUGCGGUUGCUGCUGCUGCCCUCCCUCCACCUGGAAGCCUUGGACCUGCUCUCUGCACUCAUCCUCGCGUGCGGAGGCCGGCUCUUGCGCUUUGGGGCCCUGAUCAACCGCCUGCUUCCCCAGGUUCUCAAUGCCUGGAGCAUUGGGAGGGACAGCCUCUCUCCGGGCCAGGAGAGGCCUUACAGCACCAUGCGGACCAAGGUGUACGCUGUCCUGGAGCUGUGGGUGCAGGUGUGUGGGGCCUCGGCAGGAGUGCUUCAGGGGGGAGCCUCGGGUGAGGCCCUGCUCACCCACCUGCUCAGUGACAUCUCCCCGCCGGCUGAUGCCCUCAAACUGCGCAGUCCCCGGGGGAGCCCUGAUGGGGGUUUGCAGACCGGGAAGCCCAGCGCCCCCAAGAAGCUAAAGCUGGAUAUGGGGGAGGCUAUGGCCCCGCCCAGCCACCGGAAAGGGGACAGCAAUGCCAACAGUGACGUGUGUGCAGCUGCGCUGAGAGGCCUCAGCCGGACCGUCCUCAUGUGCGGACCUCUCAUCAAGGAGGAGACUCACAGGAGACUGCAUGAUCUGGUCCUCCCACUGGUCAUGGGCAUCCAGCAGGGCGAGGUCCUAGGCAGCUCCCCGUAUACCAGCUCGCGCUGCCGCCGGGAACUCUACCGCCUGCUGCUGGCUCUGCUGCUGGCGCCUUCUCCUCGCUGCCCGCCUCCUCUCGCCUGUGCCCUGCAGGCCUUCUCCCUGGGCCAGAGAGAAGACAGCCUUGAGGUCUCCACUUUCUGCUCAGAAGCACUGGUGACCUGUGCAGCUCUGACCCAUCCCCGGGUUCCUCCCCUGCAGACCAUGGGCCCUGCCUGCCCCACCCCUGCCCCAGUUCCCCCUCCUGAGGCUCCAUCUCCAUUCAGGGCUCCAGCUUUUCAUCCCCCAGGCCCCAUGCCCUCGGUGGGUCCCAUGCCCUCGGCGGGCCCCAUGCCCUCGGCGGGCCCCAUGCCUUCCCCAGGCCCUGUGCCCCCAGCGGGCCCCAUGGCCUCAGUGGGCCCCAUGCCCCCGGCACGUCCUGGACCUCCAGCCACAGCCAACCACUUAGGUCUCUCCGUCCCAGGCCUGGUGUCUGUAUCCCCCCGGCUCCUUCCUGGCCCUGAGAACCACCGGGCAGGCUCAAAUGAGGAUGCCGUCCUUGCCCCUAGUGGCACUCCUCCACCUGCUAUACCCCCAGAUGAGACUUUCGGGGGAAGGGUGCCUAGACCAGCCUUUGUCCACUAUGAUAAGGAGGAGGCAUCCGAUGUGGAGAUUUCCUUGGAAAGCGACUCUGAUGACAGUGUGGUGAUCGUGCCUGAGGGGCUGCCGCCCCCACCCCCCUCGGGUACCACACCCCCGCCUGCAGCCCCGGUCGGGCCCCAAACAGCCUCCCCUCCUGUGCCAGCCAAGGAGGAGCCAGAAGAGCUGCCUGCGGCCCCGGGGCCUCUCCCUCCGCCGCCUCCCCCUCCUGUUCCUGGCCCUGUGGCACUCCCACCACCCCAGCUGGUCCCUGAAGGGACUCCCAGUGGCGGAGGACCCCCAGCCCUGGAAGAAGACUUGACAGUUAUUAACAUCAACAGCAGUGAGGAGGAGGAGGAGGAGGAGGAGGAGGAGGAGGAGGAAGAAGAGGAGGAGGAGGAGGAUUUUGAGGAGGAGGAGGAGGAGGAGGAAGAGUAUUUUGAGGAGGAAGAAGAAGAAGAAGAGUUUGAGGAGGAGUUUGAGGAAGAGGAAGGUGAGUUAGAGGAGGAAGAAGAGGACGAGGACGAGGAGGAAGAGGUGGAAGAGGUGGAGUUCGGCCCGGCGGGCGGGGAGGUGGAAGAAGGAGGGCCUGCACCCCCAAGCCUGCCUCCAGCUCUGCCCCCCACCGCGUCCCCCAAGGUGCAGCUGCAGCCAGAACCGGAACCCGGGCUGCUGCUGGAAGUGGAGGAGCCGGGGGCUGAGGAGGGGCCUGGGGCCGAGACGGCCCCCACACUGGCCCCUGAGGUGCUCCCCUCCCAAGGGGAGGUGGAGAGGGAAGGGGGGAGCCCCCCUGCAGUGCCACCUCCUCAGGAGCUUGUUGAAGAGGAGCCCUCUGUGCCCCCAACCCUGCUGGAAGAGGGGGCUGAGGGUGGGGGUGACAAGGUACCACCCCCACCAGAGGCAUCUUCAGCAGAAGAGAUGGAGACAGAGGCGGAGGUGGCAGUUCUCCAGGAAAAGGAGCAGGAUGACACAGCUGCCAUGCUGGCUGACUUCAUUGAUUGCCCCCCUGAUGAUGAGAAGCCACCACCUGCCACAGAGCCUGAUUCCUAGCCCUCUCCCACACCUUCCACUCUUCGUUUCCAAUAAAGUUAUGUCCUUGGAUAGCGACCGCUGCUUCUGCCUUUUGCCACCACAGUGUCCCCAGCCAGAAGCCCAAAUGUCUGCUGGGCUUGUCCUGUACCCAUAGUGUUUCCCAAACGUGUCCAUGGCUGUCCUGUUAGCUCCACCGUCCAGAAGAGGAGCCACUGACUUACAGGGGUAAGGGCCUGUCCUGUUGCUCAGCAAGUCAGUGUGACAAGUGUCGAAUUUUUGCCUGGUGCUCUUGCUGAUGCUAAGUGUGUGCUGGGUUGCCUGGAGAAGGAGAAGGAAGUAGCCCUGCUUCUGUUAGUAAUCCAGGUGUGGGAGUAUGUGGGAAAUUUAUGGGAUUAAGUGUCCUAGUGAGUGAACCUGUGUAAACACACAUACAGCCCCUUGGUCUCAAGGAGCAGGCUAAGUGACUGUGAUGGAACUUUAGAAAAUUACAGUAAAGUACA